AUGGGCCCCGUUCACAUGGCAAGCGGGAAGGAAGCUCUCAUAGGGGAGUGGCCGUGGCAGGUGGCAAUCUACGACAGGGCGGAUGAGGAAAUCAUAUGUGGAGGAGCUCUGAUCGGAGAGCAAUGGGUUCUAACUGCAGCGCAUUGCGUCGUGGAUUACGAACCCGUCUUCAAUAUCAGAGACGAGAGGGACUUCUUUGUCUAUCUUGGCAAGCACUAUCGGAAUGACUAUAUGGACGACGAAUUUGUGCAAACGAAGGAGGUGAAAGAUUCAGUGGCUAAAAUCAUCCCGAACGAGAGAAACUGGCGCCUAAGGUUUCAAUCUGACCUCGCACUAUUAAAACUACACGAGCCAGCCAAAUUGACGAAUGGAGUUCAACUGGUCUGCCUCCCCACUCAAGAAUACCUGUCUCGGAGCAAUGCACUACAAGGAACAAAGGGAUGGGUGGCAGGUUGGGGUCUCGAUGCCUCAGAUUCUCCAUCUAAGUUCUUGAGAGAAGUACGACUUACAGUCUAUGACAUACUAAGUUGUGAAAAUCAAACCGCCAUAACCAUAGGGAAAAUACCCGAACUUACUGAUGCCCAUUUAUGUGCGGGACACCAGCCAGACCCUCAUACCUCUACAACAUAUGAGACGCUCUGCGCAGGAGAUUCAGGGAGUCCUAUUGUCUUCCAGGCGAACUCGAAGCAGGAAAGAAGUCCCUGGUUGAUCGAGGGAAUAUUUAGUCACAUCUACAUGAAUGACAGCCAGGAAUGCUCUAAAUUGCUCCCUGGCCAGUUCGCCAUCUUCACUAGGGUUCAUAAGUGAGACGUAUAUUUCUUCCUAUCUCUCAUCUAUCACGGU